AAAACCAUGGGCUUAGCCAAAGCCGGAAUCGAUUAUCAUGCAUCCAACUACCUAUUUAUUUGGUUACACUACUGAUUCUAUAUAAACACUGCUGCUAGGUCUAAAGCUUCCAUCAUUAAAAGCAUAACGUACAACAAGCCCUAAGAAGCUUUUGUAAGUAGUGUACGUAGAGAGAUCGAAAGAGAGAGCUAUAGCUAGAAGCGACAAUGGUGACUGCUGCAUCCGUUGGUUCAAGAGUCGAGAGUUUGGCCAGCAGCGGGAUCUCAACGAUCCCAAAGGAGUACGUGAGACCCGAAGAGGAGCUCGUUAACAUCGGUGACAUCUUCGAAGACGAGAAGAGCACCGAAGGGCCUCAAGUACCUACCAUUGAUUUGAAGGAGAUAGACUCGGAGGACAUCAAGGUGAGGGAGAAAUGUAGGGAGGAGUUGAAGAAAGCAGCCAUCGACUGGGGUGUCAUGCACCUUGUCAACCAUGGCAUCUCCGACGAGCUCAUGGAACGGGUCAAGAAGGCCGGAAAAGCCUUCUUUGAUCUUCCCAUUGAGCAGAAGGAGAAGUAUGCCAAUGAUCAGGCCUCCGGCAAAAUUCAAGGCUACGGAAGCAAGCUUGCAAACAAUGCUUCCGGCCAACUUGAGUGGGAGGACUACUUUUUCCACUGUGUUUAUCCUGAGGACAAGCGUGACUUGUCCAUUUGGCCUCAAACACCUUCCGACUAUAUUGUGGCAACAAGUGAGUAUGCUAAGGAACUGAGGGGGUUAACAACCAAGAUACUGAGCAUACUCUCACUUGGCUUGGGAUUAGAAGAAGGGAGGCUGGAGAAGGAGGUCGGUGGACUCGAAGAACUCCUCCUGCAAAUGAAGAUCAACUACUACCCAAAAUGCCCUCAGCCGGAACUUGCACUCGGCGUGGAAGCUCAUACAGACAUAAGUGCACUCACCUUCAUCCUCCACAACAUGGUUCCCGGCCUGCAGCUCUUCUACGGCGGCAAAUGGGUGACAGCGAAGUGCGUACCCAACUCCAUCGUCAUGCACAUAGGCGACACCUUAGAGAUUCUAAGCAACGGCAAGUACAAGAGCAUUCUUCACAGGGGGCUCGUCAACAAGGAGAAGGUGAGGAUCUCGUGGGCGGUUUUCUGUGAGCCGCCCAAGGAGAAGAUCAUCCUUAAGCCGCUACCGGAAACUGUCUCCGAGGAGGAGCCGGCGAUCUUCCCACCACGGACUUUCUUCGAGCAUAUCCAGCACAAACUGUUCAGGCAGAGCCAGGAAGCUCUCGUCUCUACCAAAGAAUCUGCUGCCCUCAAAAGCACUAAAGAAUCUGCCCUCAAAAGCACUAAAGAAGCUGCUCUCAUCUCAACUAAUUAGCUGCUUCAUCAAUCAAGCGCUGUUUAAUUAUGGGUGCAUGAAUUAAUUAAUUUAGGGUGAUGUGUCAUUGUUGCAUCUAAGUAUUUCUUUGGUUUGGGUUUGAAAAGACGAUGUUGAGCAGGGGAGACUGGGCUAUAUAUUAAGUGCUUUUCCGGUGGUCGAUUGAUCUUCGCAGCCAGUGUAUACCUGCUUAUGAAUAAUUAAUAUUGAUUUUCCUUUCUCUGUCGUUGUGAAUUAAUGGAUAUUUAGCCCUUAAACAGUUAUAGUUAUGGGUACUUUGAAGUUC